AUGGCCGACGGUGUGUACUCAGUCGAGACACCGACGUAUGUAAAACUGAUGCUACACGCAGCCAAAUGGCCUGCAAACUCCGUGUGUGGCAUUCUACUUGGUCAAGAAAAAGGUCAGGGUUUUUCUAUCUUAGAUGCUGUGCCACUUUUCCACCAUGAAGCUCCAUUGGCGCCGCUUUUAGAAGUGGCGUGUGCAAUGGUGGACGCGUCGUGUCAAAAGAGUCAAAAAUGGAAGAUCAUAGGUUUUUAUUAUGCUGGAAAUGGGUAUUCUCCAUCUGAUUCGAACACUGGAAUCAGUCACUUUGUGGAAAAAGUGGCUGAUAAAAUCGACCAAAAUUGUGCCCGGGCUUGUGUUUUGGUGGUCGAUCAUGAUCAGCUUGGUACAGAGACAGAGACUGGUCUACAGAUUCUACGGAAGGACGUGAAACGAGGCUGGAUUCGAAUGGAAAACCGAGUGAACGUUGCUAAUGGUGCUUCAAAAGUGCUGACGGAGGGUUUACAACAGAAUGUGCAAAAGGACGUGGUGGACUUUGAAGAACAUUUGGAAGAUCCAAGCAAGGACUGGCGAAACCCGCACAUUGUGGACCUGCUCAAGCUGAACCUAUAG